UACUUUCGCGAUUUUGCUUCCAAAUUCUUGCCAAAUUUCUGCGGUUCGUGCUAAAUUUAUGUGGUUUCGUGCGGUUUGCGCUGUAUUUGAGGCUUCAACAACAGUUUCCUAAGACCAAAAUCAGAAAUUGAGGAGAUGUCUUUAGAAGGGACCGUGAGUGUAGUGGGGAGUGAGGUGAUGCCCCUAGAUUAUGGGAGCAUGGAUGCGGAGAGCAGUCCGUCUCCAUCUGGUUCGGAGAGGACAGUGGAGGAGAGGAGGGAUCAAAGGGUAGUAGAGGAGGAGGAAGAUGAGAUCCCCUCCAACAUUUUGGAGGCGAGGAGUGGUGUGGAUGGGUGCUAUGACCCAGAGUUAGAGAUAGUAUCUGAGGUGAGGGGGUAUGUGAGCGAACUAGGUAGCAGGGAGAGUCUUAGGGGCCUCGUGGGUAACUGUAACCUCCCUCACCAUAUCCUAAUUAGGCCUGCCGGGUUGAAUGAGAGGGCAUGCUCAGCACCCCGAGACCAUUGGAUGCCCCUAUAUGUCCACUAUCUGAUUGCGGGGCUUAGGUUUCCCAUUCCCGAAUUAUUGGUUGGGUUAUUAUUAGAUUAUAGUAUAGGAAUAACCCAACUAACCCCAAAUGCCGCCGAGGGAAAGGGGGAGAAGGGGUGGUACUACUUUGGUCCUCGGUCGUCCAGCAAAGAUAAUAGGAGUUUAUUCUCUGCUGGACCGUCAUCCAUCAAAGGAUGGAAAAAAAAAUUCUUCUUUGUGGAUGACACCGAGUGGAGUAGGAGGGAUGCCGAAGUGGAACAGUUGUCUGCUUGGAAAGCCAAGAAAACCAAGCAGAACAACUAUAAGUUAAAUGAGGAUGAGAUGGAGGAGGUAGGAAAGCUGGUGAGGGAAGAAGGAGACGUAGUAGAUAUCCUGUACCUCACCAGCCCGAAGGCAAUAGAGGCUGCUGAGCUUUAUGGGCCAAGCUCAUUGAGUGAAGCUGAGAUGGACGAAUUUGUCACUACUACUGGAGGGUUGGUUAUCCCCAAGAAGCUUAGGAAGAAGUCAAGGACUUCGAAUGUGGCGGACAAAGGGGCAGCGGAGAAAGAGCACCGGCCUAGCACUUCUGCUCGAGUGUUGGAGAUACAGCAGAGGUCGGAGCCUGCCAGGGGGGAUAGUGAGGAGGUGAGUGAGGAGGUGGCACCACUCCAAAGAAAGAAGAGGAAAGUGGCUGAACCAGAGGUGAGGGGGGAUGAGGUGAUUGAGUUCGUGCCUCGCCCUUCUCCUCCUGAAAUUGAUCCUGAAAUCAAGGAGAGGGAGGAGGUCGAGGUGCGAGGUCUUGGUAAAGGCAAGGAGCUCAUCCCUCUUCAUUCGUACCAGAAGAGUUUGUUCGAGGAAAUGAACACUACUGGAGCGAAGCGGUUCCUCGAUGCAACGCUGCCUGAAGUGGAUAGGAGGCAGGCGAAGCAAGAGGCGGUGAGCCAUCUGGGUGCUCGCGUUGUAAAGCACACCUUGGAGAGGCAAUGUGAGGCCCUACGAAAGGAGAAGAAGGAGCUGCAGAAGGAAAAAGAGGAGCUGCAGAAGAAAAACAAGCAGAUGCAAAGGAGGCUGGACGAAGUGGUGCCAACAGUGACCGAGCUCCAGAGUGAUAGAGAAUCUUUGAGUACCAGGCUUGUCUUCGAAGAGCGUAAAAGGAAGAUUUGUGAAGACAAGCUUGAUGCUCAAGAUAAAUACAUCGAGAAGAUGAACCAAGGGAUGGUGGAGCUGAAAAAGAACGUGGAGCUGUUGGUACACAACGGGAUGGAGGAGCACAUCAGCAACUUCCUCAACUCCAGCACCUUCGAGAACAUCCUCAAACACUACCAGCUGCCAACCGCAAUUUUGGCCUUCACUGACUGUAGAAAGAAGGUGAAGGCCAAGUACCCGGGGGUGGACGUGACAACGGUCACCUUUGGGGAGCAAGAAGAAGGGGUGGAAGAGGAUGGUGAGAGCCUCUGUGAUGACUUCCGGCCUCUUAUCAAACUGAGGUGGGAGCGCGACGCAGAGGGGCGCACUAUCUUCCCUUUAGCCUUUGAUGCGGAGCUGGUGGUAGUGGAGGAAGAAGGAGAAGAGGAAGAAGAAGUGCAAGGUGCUGGAGCUGAGGAUCGGGCAGACCUGGCCGAAGUGCAGCCUCCCGAGGUGCAUCCAGUCUCUUCUGAUGAAGUGCAGCAACUGGCUCCUUCUGAGGCAGAAGUGCCGCCCCCGCCUGCUGGAGACGAGCCGCCUCAACCACCUCUUCUUACUGAGGAGCAUCCUCCUCCUCCUCCAGCAGAGUAGCUUAGGUCUUUAAAUCUUUUGAGUUAUUUUUGUAAAUAACAUUUUUGUAUUUGAGAUUUUAUUAAUGUAUAAAAUUUUUGAAUUUAUUAUUUUUUGGUGUUCAAUUUUUGAUUUGUGAUUGAUGUUUUUCUUUGAGGAAUUCACUUUGGAUAAAAUAAGUUAACUUGA